AUCCAGUAUACUAUGGUGUGAGACACUAUAAUGGCUGGCCGGAUUCCUCUGGUUUUGCUGGCCUGUGUCUCCUUCAACCCCAUUACCCACCAGCACAUGGAGCUGUUCGAGCUGGCUAGAGACCACAUGCACCAGACGGGUCUGUAUCGUGUGGCGGGUGGGAUUGUAUCUCCUGUCGGUGAUGACUAUGGUAAACAGGGUCUUGUUGCUUCGAAACACAGACUGGCUAUGUCAAGACUUGCCCUGCAGAGCUCUGACUGGGUUUCUAUAGACGACUGGGAGAGCCAGCAGGAGGACUGGAGAGAGACUGUGUAUUGCUCCCCUACAGUGGUUCCUCAGCUGAAGCUGCUUUGUGGAGCAGAUUUCAUGGACACGUUUAAGGUGCCUGGUCUGGUGGGUCGCUUUGAACUGGUCUGUGUGAGCCGAGGUAGCCUGCAGCCAGACCGGGCUAUACAUGAGUCCGACUUAUUGUCCAGGCACUGGCGGAGCAUCUGUCUGGUUCGGGAGUGGGUCCACAAUGAGAUCAGUGCUACAGAGGUCCGACGAGCCCUAUGGAGAGGCCAGAGUGUAAAAUAUCUCUUACCAGACUCAGUUAUUGAUUACAUAAGAGAGCACAAGACCGAACAAAGACGUUAAACUAUGACCUCUUGUCAAGCAUACAAUACAAGACUGAUGCAUAAGAAAUAGCCCCCAGUGGUCUUAGUCAUAAGUAGUAGCAAAAUAUGUAUCAAAAGAAUCACUUUUCAUAUAGAAGAUGCGAAAGCAGUUGUAGUGGAGUUGCAUAUUUUUUCUUGUGUGAAAUGAACGUUAUCCAUGACCAUGUUUUCCUAGUGUAAUGUGUGGAGAGGGAUUUAGGAAUUUAUCCUGUCUCUGCAGGAGUUAGAUUUGCCAGAUCACUGCAGAGCUGUAGGUCUAUGUUCGGCAGGCCUGGGAUUUGUUGACUUUUCCUGAAUGUCACAAGGAAGAUAAAUAACAGAGCCUUUACACUUUGGAUAGUAAACAUUGUUUCUUCCAUUUCCAUUUCCAUUUGCACAGAAAGCGUCAUUCAUGUUGUCAGAUCACUAAAGAUGUUUCAUUAAGCUUUGUCAGUGGGGGGGGGGGGGUGAGUUUCAGACAAAAUAAAAUAGAAGAAUGUA